GGUAAGGAAUGUUGUAAUGGAGGCGAAAGGAGGAGAAAUCUAGAAGGAUGGAUGUGUCAGAGGAUGACAAAAUGCAGCUGAAGGUGAUGUCUGAAAAAAUAGCUGAGCUCGAUCACAGCCAGAGCCAGCUGAGGAAGCUGAAUGUUGACAUGAGGCACUGGCUGGAAGUAGCAGAUGAUGAAGUGGCUCAGCUGCGCAUGGAGAACGAAGUGCUCUCAAACAAAGUGAAGAUCAUGGAGCAGGUGGUGAACGAUGCAGGGCACGUUGAAGCAGAGCUCUGCAGGGUCAGGACUCUCCUGGCUGAGGAACAGGCCAGGAACAGCUGCAAUCAAAAGGAGAUCCAGAAAUGGGUGAGCCAACAAAAUGCCCUGAGGGAUCAAAAUGAAAAGCUCAUGGCUGAGUGGAGCCACCUGCAGCAGCAGACGGAGUCGGACCGGAUCUGCAUCAGCAACCUCCGAGCUGCACUGCAAACCCUGCAGUUUGAAAUGGAUGAGACUCAGCUAGGGCUGAAGUGUAGGGAUGAUGUUAUCCAUCAGCAAAAUUUGAGUUUGAAGCACUGCGGGGAAUCGGCAGAGGAGUCAUCCAACGUAAUAAGGGAGCUCAGGCUGAAGGUGCAGGACCUGAGGAGUCAGCUGGAGGCCAGGCAGGAUGACGCCUCGUGCGCUAGACUGGAUGAUUUGAUGGGAGGAAAAGAUGGAUCAGCUGCACGCCCGCUGUCUUUUGCAGAAGAGAUGGCGCUGCUGGCCACUUCAGUUGUGGAGAGCACUGAGGCUGUGGAGCAAGAGGCCACAGUGAAGCUGGAGAGUCCACCUGUCCGGGUUCACACCAAAAGCUUGUGGUGCAGUUGCACAGGCAGCCUAGCUUUCAUGGUGAGCUUCCUGAUGUCUCUUGGUGUUUGGACGUAUUUUGGAGAAACCUUCUGGAACUGCAUGUGCUGUAUACUAGAACCUUUCUGCGAUGUGCACUAUGUGGGCUUGCCUCCCAUCUAACUCCCGUGAUGCCUUCACAUAUUUGACACUCCC